AUGCACCUGAAUGAUGCUACUCUGGCCGAAAUUGUGGAAGAUCUGGGCCAAAAUGAAAUGUAUGACAUGCUCAGCUCUGAAAUCAAGGAAUUUUGUGAUUGCUUUGAAGAGGCAAUGCAAGACAAGGAUAAUCAAGGAAUCAAAGAAAUGUUGAAACUGAAGUAUAGCAAGAACGGUGACGAAAAAUUGGUAUUAGAGAUCAUUGAGAAUAUAUACAAAGCAUAUGAUGACACUGACAUAUUAAGGGUUGAUGAAGAUCGUUUUGGCGACAUUGUGUUUAAACCCACAUUUAAUAGAGUUAUGCGUGGCAUUCCUUAUACAAAACGUGACGGGCAAUUCACAAAACUGAGCAAUUCGUAA